ACCAUAUAAAGUCAAAAAAUUUCCAGCCAAUUCGUAGCUUUCUUCUUCCUAACUGUUAUCCAUCUUCUUGCCCAAAUCCAAACCCAGAAGAUCCCAGACCACAUUACUCAUAAAUAUUACCAUGGAGAUUUCGUCUAUUACUCUCUUGCCUUCAAGACCCCCAUCAUUACCUUCUCUUCCCUUAUCUUCUUCUCACUCUUCCUUCUUCACCAACUCCACCACUGUUGCUCUUUUCACCAGAACCAAGACAAAGGCCAGUUCUUUGAUUCUAGUUCGACCGAGAACCAGAACCGGGUCCGGACCGGCCAGAAAGGGUUUCACCUGCAAUGCUCUGUUUGGUCUUGGUGUGCCUGAGCUGGUUGUGAUCGCUGGUGUGGCUGCCCUGGUGUUUGGGCCCAAGAAGUUGCCGGAGGUUGGGAGGAGUAUUGGAAAGACUGUCAAGAGUUUUCAACAGAGGUUGGAUGCUACAGUUCGCUCCAGUCAGGUGUUUCUGGAUACUCUGUGGUUGAUUCGGAGGGAGGAAUUGAUGGGGCUGAGGGGAUUGAAAUUGAUAAAGAGGAAGGGGAGAGUACGGUUGGGAGACGUAACGAAUUGGCUGUGGUCGAAUCUGGGUUGGCCGAUGACUGCGGGGAGGUGGCUCUUGAUGUGUCUCCCCUACAAAGCGACAUCCUCAACUGCGAACUGGUGCAUAUGGCUAACCAAGGGACGGAAGAAAUGUACUCGGGCUGGGUGUAGAGAAAUUUUGUCAAGGUGAGUAACAUGUUUGGACUAUCUUUUGAGGGCCUUGAGAAUAGAGUAUUGAGUCUAUUGGCUGAACUGACGUUAAGGUUCCUGAAAGCAGAAAGAGAGAGGAAAAAAGAUAAAAAGGAGUUAGUAGAGGGGUGGAAGGAGGGAGUAGAGAAUUGAAAACGUUGGAGUGGUCUUUAAAUUAUGAAGCUAAAAAAUCGGCAGAAGGGAGGAAGGGAGGUAAGCUUAGCAAAAUAUAAUGAUGGUAGGAAAAAUUAUCUUAUGGAAUGUGAGGGGAAUUAAUGAUCGUAAAAAGCAGAGGAUUAUUAAAGGUUGCAUGGGAAGAUGGAAGCCUAACUUGGUUUGCUCACAAGAGACCAAACUAAGGAAGAGGCAGUAAGGUGGAUUGGGUUUAUACACCUGCAGAUGGGGUUGUGAGAGGUAUCCCUUGUAAUAUGGGAUGAAGAAAAAAUUAGUCUGCAGAGUGGUGGAGAAAGGGUAAAGUCUCCCUGUCGAUUCCGUUUGAAAAUCAGGGGUAUGGGAAGAAAUGGGUUUUCUCUAGAGUAUACUGUAGAGGUAACAGAGAGGAAAGGGAGAGGCUGUGGGAGGAACUGAGUAGUUGUAAAAUAAGAUAAGGUGAAAAUUGGGUGAUUGGGGGGGACUUCAACAUGGUUCUCCACAUGCAUGAGAGGUCGGGAGGGGGCACCAGUAGUAGAGAAGUAGAGAAGUUUAGGGACAUGCUGGAUUACUUGGAGGUGGUGGAUCUUCCGCAAGGGGGAGGCAGGUGGACGUGGUCAAACUCGAGGAUUACCCCAUCAUGGUCAAGAAUUGACCAUUUUUUUAUCUCUAACGGGUUGUUAAUGUAGCUUGCAGGUUUAAGGUAAAAAGUGUUGUCCAAGCCAAUUUCAGACCACUUCUCUAUUUGCCUUGUGCCUGAAGGCAUCAUUUGGGACCCCACCCCUUUUAGGCUUGAGAACAAAUGGUUGAAGGUGGCGGGUUUCAGACCUUUGGUGGAAAAAUGUUGGAAAGAGGCAGCUGUUGAGGGGACUGCUAAUUUCAAAUUUGCCUACAAGCUGAAAUAUUUGAAGAAUGCCAUCAAGUGUUGGGCCAGGCAGGAGGAGGGCAGAACGGAGAGGAUUAUCAAGGAGUAUUUUGUGGAGUUGGAUGACUUAGACAAUAAAGAGAUGGGGGGUCAUUAGGUGAGCAUGGCAAGGCAAGAAGGGAGGAAAUAAAAAAGGAGAUGAGCUUUAUUUUGAACCUGGAGGCGAUUUCAUGGAAACAAAAAGCUAGAGAAAUGACUGAAAGAGGGAGAUAGAAACAAUAAGUAUUUUCAAUGUCUUGCUAAUUUCAAAAGGAAAAAUAAUUAUAUAGAGAUACUGUCUUGGAACGGGGAUACAGUUAGUGGUAAUG